AUGCCUGACCCUCCCACCCUAACAUCCCUCCUCACCACCCGCCACUCAACCCGCGCCUUCCACCCCACCCCCAUCCCCCGCGCGCUCCUCGAAUCCACCCUCGCCCUCGCCCACCUCUCCCCCAGCAACUCCAACCUGCAACCCUGGCGCAUCAAGAUCCUCACCGGCGCCGCCCUCACGCGUCUCAGCACCGCGCUCGCCGCCGCCAAAUCCGCAAACCUCCCGCCUUCAACAGCGCUGAUACCACCGUCCUACCGGCAUCAUCGCUCGGCGCUGGGCAAACAGUUGUACGGGCCGCAGGGAUAUGAUGUAGCGAGGGAGGACGAAGAAGGCAUGCGGGCGGCGCAGUUGCGGAAUUAUCGCUUCUUCGACGCGCCGUGCGGGGUGGUUGUUUACAUGGAAAGUUGUCUGGCGCAGAUCGAUGUGUUGAGCGUGGGGAUAAGGAGUUGGGUUUGGGGGAUGAAGGUGGAGGUUUUGGUGGGCGUGGCGGUGGGGUAUGAGGAUGGGGAGGAGGGGAUUAAUGGGGGUGAGAACGGGAAGGGAUAA